AUGGCGGCAACUGAUGAAGCAUUGGAAUCACUUCUAUCCGAUUUCGAUGAGAUACACAAUGAUUUCAGCGAGGGAAUCGUUAAGAUUCAAUCUCUUCAAUCAAGCUGCAAAUCCGAAAUCAAAAAGCGAGAAGCGCUUGAAUUCAACUCCAACGCUCUCAAAUCAGAAAAUGAGAGAGUGAUGAAGCUGUAUACAGAAUCCAUCAACAAACUGGCUAAUCAGCUUGAAUGUAGGAAUAACUGUCGCAGCUUGAAAGAGGAACUGAAGAGAGUGAAUGAUGAACAUAUCAGGAAAGAGAAUGAGUUAAGAAAUGCAAUGAGUCUGCUUAAGCAUGAUUAUGAGAAGAGAAUAAAAGAGCUAGAGGUUCAAAUCAAAGAUUUCGUAGCUCAGAAAACAGCAAACGAAUCAACCAUUAAUCAACUCCACCAAGAUUUAGGUGCACAUAGAAACCAUGUUGAAGCUUUAUCAAAAAGAUUGGAUCGAGUCCAUUCCGAUGUGGAAAUGACAUAUCAAUAUGAGAUACAAGAUUUGAAGGAUUGUCUUAUGAUGGAGCAGGAAGAGAAAAACGGGUUGAGCAGGAAGCUCCAGAGUCUAGAAAAAGAAUUACUGAUUAGCAGAACAAAGUUGGGUGAAGCUGAAAACAAACAGGAAAUGAGUUCAAAUAGGCACGUUGAAACUCUGAAGCAGAAGGUAAUGAAACUAAGGAAGGAGAAUGAGGUUCUUAAAAGACAACUAACUACUUGA